AAAGAGUUCAAUUAUAUCCGGAUAAAUUUAUAAGUUAGAUUUAGGUCGUUUUAGUUUGUCUGUUUUAGCUACUUUGCAUAUAAUGAUUGAAGUUUGCAGCAUGCAAUAUGAAUGACGAGGUGAAGAGUGGAAUUGUCAAGCUUUAUGAUGGCUAUGGGAAAUCUCAGCCUCUGAAACUAACACUCUCGGUAGACUCCCUUCUGCUGCAGAAGGAGGAAUGGAUUUCUGUGCCACUCGAAGAGGAAGAUGAAGCAUUUCUCAGCUUGAUUCGAGAGGUGAAUGUCGUCCGUGAUGGCAACACGAGACUUGGUCUGUGUGUGAAGGGAGGGGCUGAGCAUCACCUGCCUGUCCUCAUCUCCAGACUGAUCAAAGACCAGGCAGCCGACCGGUGUGGCGAACUCCUUGUUGGAGAUGCAGUCUUAAAGGUGAAUGGCGUGAGCGUGGAGUCGUACACACAUGACGAGGUUGUGCAAGCGAUGAAGAACACAGAGGGGGACAUUGUCCAGCUGACGGUCAGACACUUCCGACCAGCCUCACACUUCCUAAACAAAAAUAACCAGCUGCGUGAUUUGGCAUUAGGAGAGGAAAACGACGGCAACAUGCCGAGUUUGCCAUCCGUUGAGUCUCGGUGGACGGCUGUGGUGUCCAUCCCACUGCUGUACGCACGUCUGUCACGCUUCUACCCGGGGACUGAUAAACUGAGGACAAACAGUUUCGAGGUGUGCAGCUGUGAUGGCACCAGCACUGGAGCCCUGCACUGUGAAGACAACCGCUCUCUAGCUGAGUGGAUACAGGCAAUCACUUCUAACAUAAACGGUCUUCUUUCACAAAUGAUCCAGAUGACUAACCGGCUGCUGGUACCAGAAGAACAUAUUGCUCUAAUGUGUUGGGUUCACAGACGCGUAUCUCCGGCAGUUCAUUUCCAGGCCUGGAAACCAGUGUUUCUCUGUCUGAAGGGAGCUGACAUUUUCUUGUUUGAUAUUCCACCUAUGCAUGCUACAGAUUGGACACAGUGUGCUUCCAAAUUCAAGAUCUACGAAUGUAUGUUCAAAAUACUGAAGGAGGAGGAGCUGCUUGACGACCGCCAGCACUGCUGCACGGUUCAGACGGGAUCUCGGGAGAAGUUCGUACUGAGCGUGGAGAGUCGCGCGGACAUGCUUCAGAUCGAGAGAGCCUGGUUCAAAACAAACAGCCUCACUGUCCAUAGAUUGAAGAAUGUAACAUUUGGGUGCACGUGGCGUGGCCGGCUGUCGGGACUGACCCUUGACCUUGGAAAUGGAUUCUCUCUCGUUGACCACAAUACUAAGUCAUUUGUUUGGAUUUACCGCUUCUCUCAGCUGAAAGGUUCCUCCGACGAUGGAAAGACUCACCUCAAACUGCUCUUCCAGAACGAAGCUAACAGAAGCACAGAAACCAGGGAGAUCGAGUGUUCAGACCUUCAGACGCUGAUGUUCUGCAUCCAUGCGUUUUUGUCGGCCAAGAUUUCCUCGGUGGAUCCCGCAUUCUUGACCAACUAUUAGUGCAGUAUUAUGUUUCACAGAGGCAAUGUGCAAUAACACUAUGCUUGUCAGCUUAUACGGGCUGUCUUUUCACCUGCUGUUCCAGCAACCACAGAUUCAACUCGGUUGAAACGAUCGUGUUUAUACAGCUACGGAUAUCUAGCUGCAUUCUGUAACCCUGGCUCAUAUUUUCAAAGCUAUCUUAACACUACAAUAUCGUCACACCAUUGUAUGCUAUAAUGUCACUAUAGUGUAUGUUGUGAUGUUAUAGCUUACGUUGGUUGGUUUUACAAUAUCAUAGCCCUAAGAUACCUUUGAAAAUCUGUGGCCGAGUGUUUUAGUAUAAGUUGUUUUUACAAGCUGAAGUGCUUUGUUAACUAGAAUUGUUGAAUUGAGUGACUUGUAUAGCAGAGAAGGUUUUAUGCUUUUGAACAUUUUAUUAAGAAUGAAAAAAAAAGUGUUUAAUAGCAAUACUUGUAAAUUUAUAUACAAUCUAAUUAAAAUUAGCUCCACUAUUAAAUGUGGAUCUAACACGACAUGUUUCGUGUGAAUUACGAAUGCCUUAAAACAGGUUU